UUUGAUGUUGUCCUGGUGUCUUGAUGCUCAGGGGUCCAGAGAUUGCAGGAAAGUCUUUGUGUUCACUUUUCUCAGCAGCAACGAACCCGAAGUAAUCGUCACACAACACAAGAUUAUCGAGAUAAAACUGUAAAGAAGAUGUGGCAGUAGAAAGCUUGCCAGCGUGCGGAGCGUGGGCAUCAAAAGGCUGUGAUCAUUUGAAGGAACGCCUGACCCUGCAGUGAAACAUUGGGAUUUGAGGAGUGCUAUAAUCUGUGGCAAUCAAAAUCCAGGAGAUUUAAAAAUUGGAAGUCAGCUGUAUUGUGCCAGAGUUACCUUGGAGGUUCGAUGCAAAGUUGCUACAUUUGAGUCUUGGGGCAACGCAGUACAGAAAUCCAGUCCAUCUUCAGUAAAGACCACAGGCAGCCCCCAGUAUGAUGGCUGUGUCGUGACAUACAAGGAGAAGUGUGCCCUGGAGAUGCGAGAGUUCCUUCAGCGAGAGCAGGCACACAUACAGAGAAUGCUGGAAGUGCAGGAAGAGCGAACCCACUUCAACAAGAAAGAACGAGCAAAAAAGGAGAAGGACGAAAGAAAGGACAGUGAGAGCAAAACAUUUACAAGUUCUCAGAAAGUUCCCAAAGCUCAGAAAGCUCUGAGUCCGCAUAAGCACUUAAACUCCUCCUCAUCUGCUGCAGCCUCUGUUCCUCCACCAAUGCAUUCAAACAAUCCGAAGGUGAGGAACUCGCCAUCUGGAAAUGCACAAAGCCCAAAAGCCAAGCAGGAGGCUACUGUACGGUCACCUUCCGUGAUGUCUCCCUCUAGCACGUCUCAGCUAGACACCAAAAUUCCCAAUCCAGGGAAGCAGGGUAAUAACAGUCAAUCACAGGCCUCUCCCUGUGAUUCAAAGCUCCUGAGCGGAAACCAUGGCCCGAAAACUUCCCAAGGUUCAGGAGGGACCCUAAGCCUGAAAAAUGGCCAAGGAUUGGGGACAAGCAGUGCGAUAAAAGGGAAGGGCAAGAGAGAAAGAAGCACUUCUGCUGACUCCUAUGAACAAAGGGAUGCUGGCACACCCAACAAUGAGUCAGAAAACAAAGAUGGAGGAAGCAGAAGCAAGCGUCUGUGUGUAGCAGAAAGACGUCAGCCAUACAGUGGGGCUGAAUGGUGCUCAGGGACUGAGAGUGAUGAAGAGGAAUCAGCCUUCUUCAACUGUAACUCUACAGACAGUGUGAAGUCCCAGGAACAGCUGCCACCGCACUCCCUUCCUUCUUCCAAUACAGGAAUCAGCAGGUCUUCCACACCCUCCCACAAUUCUGCUGGCGGACAAAACCUGAUGCCAGAAGCCAGCACCGCUCAAAAGACCACUUCCAAGGUUAUAUAUGUCUUCUCUACAGAAAUGGCCAACAAAGCUGCUGAAGCUGUCUUGAAGGGACAAGCAGAGUCGAUUCUUGCCUUCCAUAUGCAGAACAUUUCCAACACAAAGACAGAAAAAGGCAGUCCACUACUGCAAAACAACCAAGUACCGGCUCAUCGAAUUUCUUCACAAAACCUUCAGCAAUCAUCUCCAUCACAGCAGAAGCAAGAGCAAAACCAUCAACAGGCAUCAAAGAUGCAGCAGAACCAAUCCCAGCAAGGUCAAGGAUCCAAACAAGUUGGUCAGGAGAAUGCAGGCAUAGACAAUAAAGUACAUUCUGACGGUAGUCCCCAAAGCUCUGCUGCAUUAUCUGUUGAUGAUGCGUGUAGAAGCUCUGCACCUACAAACCAAUCAUCGACCCCAGUAACGCAAAAUGCUUAUCCAGCAGCUAGCAGUGCAACAGCUGAAACAAAGAGCGAGUCAAAAGGUGCAACACAACCACCAACUGUAGAUGGCAUCCUGAAUAUGGGAGAAAAUGCAGAGGGUCUGUCUCAGGAACAAUUGGAGCACAGAGAGCGUUCACUGCAGACACUGCGCGACAUUCAAAGAAUGCUGUUUCCUGAAAAUGACAGUUCAGCCGGUCCAAAUAGUUGCCCCCAACAGAACCCUGGGUCCCUGGAUGCCUCUUCUAAAAAGCCUGAAGGACCUCUGCAGGCAAUGAUUUCACAGUCGCAAAGUAUAGGUAAGCCACCUGGUUCUCGGCCAGAUGUUCAACCAUUUGGGCCACCAGGUCAUCGAGAUCUGCCUUUCCCACCUGAUGAAAUGGGGGCCCCGCAGAAUGUUAUGAACUCACAGCCAGGACAAGAGCACAUGGAGCACAUGACGCCAGAGCAGCUUGCGUGGUUAAAGCUACAGCAGGAGUUUUAUGAGGAGAAACGGAGAAAACAAGAGCAGGCUGUGCAGCACAGAACUGUUCAGGAUAUAAUGAUGCAUCAGCAUGGUCCAAGAGGUAUGAUUAGAGGGCCACCACCACCUUAUCAAAUGAACCCAGGAGAGGGAUGGGGACCUGGAGGGCCAGAACCUUUUGAAGGAAUGAACCCUCCCAAUUCUAUGCAUCCGAGAGGCAUGGCACCCCAUCCAGGGGUUCCAGGAAACCCGAUGCAGAGAAUGCCUGGCUUUACAGCAAUGUUGAAUCCAGAUAUGGACACUCCUGGUGGUCCAAAUCCAGUUCCAAGACCUGGUAUUCCAGGUGUUAACUGGCCAGAUGAUAUGCCAAAAAUGCCAGAUGGUAGAAAUUUUCCACAUGGACAAGGCCUCUUCUGUGGGCCAGGCCGAGGAGAGAGAUUCCCAAACCCUCAGAACAUGCAAGACGAACUCUUCCAGCAUCAGUUAGCUGAGAAACAGCUAAGAAUGUCUCCUGGAAUGGGGAUGGAGAAUGUUAGGUCAGGGAUGGACAUGAACAGAAUGUUUCAGUCACAGAGGCAUUUGGACCCUGCAAAUGGUAAUAUUUUUCCAAGAUUACAGGCAGAAGGCAUUCCUAGUCCCACCAGAAUGGAAUUCUCGGGUCCCAAAGGAAUGCCGCUGCAACCAGGGCCUGGCAGGGACUUGGAAAUGGGGAUGGGACCUGCUAGCAUGAACAUGAAUAUGAACGUCAACAUGAACUUGAAUGUGAGCAUGAGCUCAAACUCUCAGGCAGCAUCGCAGAAACAAGGGCCUGUGGUGAGCCACCCUCACAAUAUGAGUCCAGAUGAAGUUAUGAAGAUGAGGCAAUCAAACAAUGCAGAAAUAAUGUCUAAACAACAGAAAAUGUUGCCCUCGCAGUUCAGUGAUCAACCACCAGACUUCAUAGUGUCACGAUCUUUCCCUGGCAUGCCUCAGGGUCCAGGAGCAAUGAGAAAUCCAAGGGAUCAAUUUGUGUCUGAACAAAGGACUAAUGCAGGAGGCAAUUCUAGGCUCAGUCACAUGCCACCUCUACCUCCAAAUCCGUCCAAUAAUCCGAGCUCUCUCAAUGCAAUACCCCCUGUUCAGCGCAAUCUUGGCCGUAAACCAUCAGACUUGAAUGUUUCCAGUCAGGUGAACUCUCCAGGGAUGAAUCCAUUAAAGUCGCCAACAAUUAGGCAGGUGCAGUCCCCAAUGGUCGGUUCACCCUCAACUAAUCUCAAGUCUCCACAAACACCGUCUCAGCUCGCUGGCAUGUUAUCCGGUCAGGCCUCUGCAGUAUCCAUCAAAUCUCCCCCAAUCCUUGGGUCUGCAGCUGCUUCCCCUGUCCACCUCAAAUCACCAUCUCUCCCAGCUCCAUCUCCUGGAUGGACAUCGUCCCCCAAACCUCCACUACAAAGUCCAGGCAUCCAGCAGAACAACAAGCUCUCUCUUAGUUUAACAUCACCUGGAUUAAUGGGGACUAUGGAAUCAGGCCCAAGGGCAAGGGAUCUAGAAAUGAGGGCUGACGAGGGAGAGGGGGUUGAACCAGUUGGAGCAUUACAUAUGAGACCAAAUGAUAACGUGGACAGAAGGUCGGAAGAACUAAAAGAAUAUAAAGGUGUUCCUGCUUCAGUGCAAUCGAGUUCUAUGAAUCUAUCCUCAAGUCUUCCAUCCAGCAGUCCUUAUUCGGUGCCCCCUGAACCAAGCCUUUCCCAGAAUCCCUUAUCCAUCAUGAUGUCCCGGAUGUCGAAAUUUGCUAUGCCCAGUUCCACACCACUCUACCAUGAUGCAAUCAAGACUGUUGCCAGCUCAGACGAUGACUCGCCACCUGUACGGUCACCAAAUCUUCAGUCCAUCAAUCACAUCCCAGGUGUUGUCCAUCCAAACCAAAUUCGAAUAUCAGGCCCCAAUUCAGCUGGACAGAUUCCAUCUUUAAGUCCAAUGGGAAUGAAUGUUCUUGGGGGACAACCUCUUUCUCAUAACCUGCCCAACCAUAUGUCUUCUCCAAAUCCAAUGGGACCUAACAUUCCACCACAUGGCCAUUUGGGGCCCAGCAUGAUAUCACAUGGCCCCAUGAUGCCGCACAGUACCCAAGACCCUUCACUGAACAAUCCACAGAUGAUGCACCAAGGACGCAUGGGUUUUCCUCCUGGGCAGCAAGUGUUCCCAAAUGUGCAGUCACCACCACAUGGUCCAGGCCCACAAGGCGGUUUCCCACCUGGAAUGGUUUUUCAUGGGGAAGGAGGACCAAUUGGCCGUCCUGGCAAUCUUACUCAACCUUCUCCAGACCAAGGCCUUUGUAAACCGGUGCCACCAGGUAUCCCAGACUCUUUCACUGCUAUGGGAAAUAGUAUGCCUUCAGUGUACAAUGACCCGGACUUGCAGGAUGUCAUUCGUCCCAGUGCGUCUGGAAUUCCUGAGUUUGACCUCUCCCGGAUCAUUCCAUCGGAGAAGCCGAGCCAGACACUGCAGUAUUUUCCCCGUGGUGAUGCUCAGGUUCGCAAGCAGCUGCAAGUUCCAAAUCCUGGUUUUUCACACAUGCAAGGAUUGAUGGGAGAACCGAAUCCAGGCAGAAUGGGACUACCGAUGUCCAAUGUGGCAGGACACAAUGUAAUAGUGCAAGAAAUGGCCAUGAACAAUCCUGGCUCCAUGCAGGGUCACAAUCCUAUGAGGCCACCUGGUUUUAUGCACCAAGGCAUGAUGGGGCCUCAGCACCGAAUUAUGUCUCCACCACAAGGUGUUAUGCCAGCACAGGCCAACAUGAUGAACAACCCGAAUGCAGUUAUGAUUCAAGGGAAGGAAAGGGUUCCUGGAAAUCUAUACAGCCAUCCAGGCCCUGUAGGGUCUCCUCAGCAUAGCAUGAUGAUGUCUCUACAAGGUAUGGUUGGGCCUCAGCAGAAUAUGAUGAUGCCACCCCAAAUGAGGCCUAGAGGUAUGGCUGCUGAUUUAGGCAUGGGAUUCAAUCAAGGACCUGGCAACCCGGGGAAUAUGAUGUUUUAGCUGCUAGGAUGGGACACUUGCAAACAGGCAAAUUUGAAUUGGAAGAGUUGUCCUGGCUCUGACACAUACAGAGAUGUUUGAAAAACACUGGGAUUUCUGUGCAUGUGCAAAGCCAAACUGUUACUUGUUUAUACAAAAAAAAGUUGAGCAUUAAGCUUGAGAAGUCCAGAAUGUAUGAAAUUCUUCAGAAUGGAAUUUGCAUUGCUAGGUCAGUGGUUUUUAGGUUUUUAUUCAUUUUUAGUGAACCUGGGUAGCAUAUUUAGCUCCCACUUCUGAAAGCUGCAACCGUAUUAUAUGGAUCGCAGUUGAUUGCAAGUUGCACCUAACCGUUUAUGUUUACUUCAUGGACUAUUCCUUCAGAACUUUUUUCUCAUUGUGUACUGUACUACAUUGUAAAAGGGAUUUCAACUGUGACUUCGUGUUUGAGGGAGGUGAGCACCAUGAUUCACAAAGCAUCAGUACUGUUUGCGUGGGUUUACGUGUUCAUGUUUGUUAGACACUAUUUUCGUUUUGUUUUUUUGCGACUCUGGUAUAUAUUAAACCAAAUUACAACCUCUCUGACAGAAAAGUAUUAACAAAAAAAGCACAAAAAGGCAAUUAUUGAGUCAAGUAAGAAUUUUCAAUGCUCUUUACAUUGGAUGAGCAACAAUGGACUGUGGAAAUUUCUAAAAGGCAUUUGUCCUUUGGUACCUCUGCGACUCUCCUACAUUGGGAUGGAAGUAGACAAAUGAUGCACCUCAUUUUAAAGCAUUGUCCCGCGUUGACAGUGGGAUAUUGGAUUAUGUUCCUGUUUCAUGUUGUGGCACGAUAACAUGCAGUAGUAUCAUUUUUAUCCUUUGUUAUUGUUAUCAUUUAUAAUAAACCCCAAGUGACUUUUUUUGUGG